AUGGGCUCCAAAGCAAUCCAAGGAUCACAAAGCGGACGCUCCAUAACUCACGAGCUGUUCAUGAUGGAUGUCUUCACGGUCCAGACAGCGGUCACGACCAGUCAAUUUCCCGACAAUCCAAGGUUUCGUCAGUCACUCCACACCCGCGAGCUAGGCCAGAUAUCCCUUGAUGAGGCGCUAGCCACCGGGACCUACGCUCAAGGAAUUGAACCUUCAUACCACGCCACUCACCCAUCCAGGUGCGCUUUGCUACCAACAGGCGGCCUCUAUGUGUGCCUUGCCGAUGGCACCUUCAUCUGUAACGCGAAGGUAGUGUGA